AUGGAAAGACAGACCAGUUCCGAGCAACAUUUACGAGAUGGAAAACGGACCCUGAAUACGUUGCGUGUACGGGAUGGAAAUACGGACCCAGUUCUGAGCAACAUUUAUGGGAUGGAAAACGGACCCCGAAUACGUUGCGUACUCAUUGGAUCAAGCUCAAGGCGGUUGCAGCCUCGCUGGUUCGUAUCAAACAGUUGGUUGAGGUAUUCAACAAGCAAGGAUAGUGUGUAUUGUGGGCCAUGUCGUUUUUUUGGUCCGCAAGGUGGAGAUUCGAAGGAAAAGGCGUUCGGGGUAUCGCCAAUCAACGACUGGAGCAACCUAGGAAAGCUGGUUACAAGGCACCAGGCGUUGAAAUCGCUCCAAAACACCAUUAUCCUUUGUGGAAAGCAGGGCCUAGCAUUGAGAGGUCACGGAGAAGAUGAUGGAAACUUUGUGAAGUUGCUUGAGUACAGAAGUAAGGAUAAUGGGCUUUUACGUGACCACAUGCUGAAAAAGGAAACCACAAAUAAGUAUACCUCUCCUGAAAUUCAGAAUGCGCUAAUUCAGAUAUGUGGAGAAAUCAUUGUUGGAGAUAUUGUGAGAGACUGUAACAAAAGCCCAUGUUUUGGAUUUAUUACAGACGAAGCUACUGACUGUAGCACAACUGAACAAAUGGCUUUAUGUGUCCGUUUCUACGAAGUUGAUAAAUGCAUCACCAAGGAAAAAUUCUUGGGUUUCGCGGAGUGCGGCGCAACAACAGGAAAGGCCCUCACAGAUAAGUUCCUCCAUAAUUUGACUGAAAAGGGAAUUGUGAUACAAAACAUGAGAGGACAGGGGUAUGAUGGCGCGGCAAAUAUGAGUGGGAAGUACCGUGGUGUGCAUGCCCGUGUAAGAGAGAUUAUACCAGAUGCGGUCUACACUCACUGCAAGGUACACAGCCUUAACCUCUGUAUCAUCCACGCCUGCAAAGAACCACUAGUUCGGAAUGUUAUGGACACAAUACAAACAAUAGCAUUUGCCUUCGACUACUCAGCAAAGAGAUUGACAGCUUUCAAUGACGCAUUGAAUAACGACGAGCUAGCGAAAGGAGAAAUGGACAGACGAAGGAAGCUAAAACGUUGUGACUGUGACCUUCUCGUCGCUGUAGAAGAGUCAAAGGUUGUGAAGACAAUGAUCAACCAAGAAAGAAAUGACCAAGCAGUAUGGGACGCCCUCUUCGAAAGUGCCAUUUACAUUGCCCAACACAAUGACAUUGAGCCAUCUUUUCCCAGAGUUGAGCAAAGGCAAUGCCAUCGCUCGAAUAAAGAAGCAGAUGACCCAAGUUCUUACUGGAGAAAAAACAUGUUCCUGCCAUUUAUUGAUCAUCUGUAUACAGAAUUGGAUGAACGUCUUAUUAAUGCAGAACCACGCUACUCGGCGCAGUAUCUUCUCCCGAAGCGACUUAACCAGCUGUCGGAGGCGUUGGUCGACUCUGUAUUUGAUUCAUACAGCCGAGAUCUCCAGCUCACGAAGAUGAUGUUUCACAGAGAAGUUCAAAGAUGGAGAACGAGAUGGGUCAUUGUUGAUGACGCACAAAAGCCCUCCGAUUUGUCUGACACAAUCAGGACCGCUCACCAAGACCUAUAUCCAGGCAUUCACAAGGUGCUGUGCGUUCUCGUCAGCAUGCCUGUUUCCACAGCAACUGCAGAGCGAUCGUUCAGUGUCAUGAGGAGAGUUAAAACCUACCUACGCAACACUAUGACCACCAGUAGAUUGUCGGGUCUAGGUUUAUUGAAUGUUUAUAGAGAGAAAAUACUUGACAGUGAACUUGUGUUGGAUAUUUUCGCAAGACGCAAAAACAGGAAACUAGCGCUGGUGUUCCAGUGA